ACAGCCGGCCGGGCCGGGGCCGCGCCGAACGGCCGGCGCAGCGCGCAAGCACGGUUCGCGCACGCGGGCGGGCGGGCGGGCCGGCCGGUCUGUCGAAUCCACCCAGCGCCACCCCUUGUAUUUAUAGCCGGUCUCCCAGCACACCCUCUCCUCCGCAUCCCAACCCCGGCCGGGCCGCCCGCCGCGCCGCCUGCCCGCAGAUCGAAGAGAAGACAGCCAGAGCCAGCAGCAGAUCGAAGCAUGUCGGGCGUGUGGGUGUUCCGGAACGGCGUGGUGCGGCUGGUGGAGAACCCGACGUCGGGGGCGGCGGCGUCGGCGUCGGGGAAGCGCAAGGCGCUGCUGCACACGCCGUCCGGGGAGGUGGUCUCCUCCUACGCGUCGCUCGAGCGCAAGCUGGCGGCGCUGGGGUGGGAGCGCUACUACGCCGGCGGCGGCGGCGACGGGAUGCUGCAGUACCACAAGCGCACCUCCGUGGACCUCAUCUCGCUGCCCAAGGACUUCGCCCACUUCGGCUCCGUCCACAUGUACGACAUCGUCGUCAAGAACCGCGACGCCUUCCGCGUCAUCGACGCCUAGCUAGCUAGCUUCUUGCUGCUCGCUCGCUCGCUUGCAUCAUCAUCAUCUUCAAUUCCUCAUCGUCGUCAAGCUAGCCUUCUUGCAUCUAUCUAAGCUAGUGUGUACGUGUGAUCGAGAUCAUCAGUUUGUACGUUCGUUCGUAUGCAAUCUAGCUUUCACGUAUAUGUACGUACCUUUUGUGUACGCGGCUUGUCGACGUAUAUUUAUUUAUACGCGCCUGCAUAGGGAGUACUCUAGUCAGUAUUCAUGGAUCGAUUUGGUUGCCGUGGUCGUGGUGUGUGCGCGCGCGCGCGCGCAUCCAGUAUGGUAUGUAGUACUGAGUUUUCGUGUGGUUGUUCUCUUUCACUGCCUUCUUUUUUAAAAAACGUUUUUUUUUCUCACUGCCUUGUGCCUUCUUGCAUCUCAUCGUGCGUGCAAGUGUGCACUGAUCCGUUCCUGCGAUGUUUCUUUGUCACCUUUCAAUUUUUCAAUUUCUCAAAUAAGGAGAGUUGUUUC